UGGUGAUAUUUGAUCCGCAGGUGUGAUAAUGGGUCGGUUCACGGCGAUGAUGAUGAUGGUGACAGCGAUGGUGACGGUGGGUUGUGACGCACAGCAAGGAGCCAGUUGUACGGCGAGGGGCCGGCGGGGCGUGUGUGGGCCAAUCAUCAACUGUCCCGCGCUCCUCACUCUCCUCAACCUGAUAAAGGCAGGACGGGCGCCCCCGCAAGCAGUCGACACCUUGCGCAGCGCCAUCUGUGGCUUCGACAACAACUUCCCUCUGGUGUGCUGCUCGUCUCCUGGACCCGCUGCCCCGGGGCCGGGGAAUCUGGUGAAGCCCGUCCUGCCCACCUCCUGCGGCGUCUCCGCCCUUACUGACAGGAUCAUUGACGGGCACGACGCCCCCCUCCUGGCUGGCCCUGGAUGGCCUCCUACGAGGCAGAU